AUGUUUUCGGUUACCAAUCAAUUAUCAUGUUUUUCUGAAUGUCAUAAUAUUAAGAUAGAUAUUUCGAAACCAUUUGAUGAACCAUCAGAAAAAUAUAGAUGCGUUACUGAUACUCGAGCAACAAGAUGUUACGGACGAAUAAUGAUUUACUAUGAUGACGUUACUAAUCAAUCACAUAUAUCAUAUUCAUUUGGUUCAGAUAAUCAUAUUAUAGAAAAUGAAAUCGAAGAAAUAGCAAAUGAAAACGAUUUUAAAUUUAUAAUAUAUUUCUUAUUUUUAGUAGAAUCUUUUGAUACUAAAGAAUUAGUUAUUAGUGCAUACAUUAUAUGCGGAACAAUAGAUAAUUGUGCUUUGAAUUAUGUCAAAACUUUAUUUAAUUUAUUCAAUACAAAAAUAAAUCCAAUAAAUCAAUUAAGUAAAUUACUUUAUAACAGUAAUGAAUCAUCUGUAUUACGUUGUUAUGAUUAUAAAACGGGGAAAAAGAUUGAAUGUUUAACAUAUGACUAUCCAACAUGUAUUAUUAAUAAUACUGCUUUCUUUGAACAAGGAUGUUAUUCAGAUUCGAAUACAAAAUUAGAAUAUGUAUUUAUGAUUACAUCAUCAAAGAAACAGUCAAUAGAAAAAGUAUUUGAAUUAAUUAUAUGCAAUAGAGAUAGUUGUAAUGACGAAUUAAUAUUAAAAGAGAUUGAAAUUAUUGUAUAUAAUUAUACAUUAUGGUUCAAUGUGACAUUAAAUAAUUCUAAUAAACCUAUGUUCUAUUUAUUCAGUUUGAUUACUUUAUUAAUAUUUAGAAAUAUUUUUUGA